GUUUUUGACAGUUCUCGUCCAUAUCAGACGAUGGUGAACCGUUUCCAUAUGAUAGCAGACGGAUUCAAAUUGUUCGAAUUGUAAAAUCAUUUUCUUUGAAGAAAUGUUGGCCAAAAAAUUAAUUAAGAUGUGCUAAAAUUUGAAUCGACAAAAAAAAUCACCAAUUCAUAAGCGAAAAUUGUGUUUAAAAUUGCAGCGAAUGAGCGUCGAUACCGAUAACAGUGUGUAACACUCAGUAACACUCAAUUGUGAACCGGUCAUAAGUCGGACCAGUUUUGUCGUUUUCAUUGUUGUCAGCAUUGACGAUCCGACAGUUCGGUGUGGCUGCGUAUGUGUGUGCGUGUGCGUGUGUGUUUGUUCGCAUCGCUUCUAUAUUAAUCCGGUUCAAAAAAAAAUCGUAUACACAGUAUGCACUUUAGAUAUUUUAAAUAGGAUUUUCGUCGUUCUUCGUACACUCGUUUUUUUGUUGUACUCGAUAUUUCAAUCUAUACUUCACCUGUCAAAAUGCUUGGUCGCCUUUUUGUCUUUCAUAUACUGUGCUAACCACUCUUUUUUUUGUGUAUGUAAACCAAAAAUCGAAGGAUAAAGGAAUUUAAUCGAUAACUAACCAUGAUUUAUAUGAGCGCAGAUGACAUGCAGUUGGGACAAACGGAAGUUUGUACCGAAACAAAACCAUCAGUUGGCCUGAACAAUAUUCGUCAUAAUCAUACGCAUUCCGCUACACACAAUCAUGGCCACAAUCAUUUGCAUGGUGUCCUGAUCGGUACGAUGCAAUCGUAUGGUAACAAUUUGAUUGAAUCAUUCAAAACAGAACCUCUGUGCCAGAUACAAUGCAUGGAUUGCCAAAAGUAUUUCAACAAUGAAGAGCAAUUGACCGCUCAUCGAAUGGUUCAUCAUACGCAGACAAAUAAUACCGCGCCGGGCGGCCAGACCACUGUAUCAAACGAAAAAGUCUACGAAUGCGGCGUGUGCAUGAAAACGUUUAGCAAGCACAGCAGUUGGUGGAAACAUAAAAAGUGCCAUACCGGCGAACGCGCCUACAAAUGCUACAUCUGCGAAAAAUCCUUCACACAACAAGCCAAUUUGCAUCGGCAUAUGUUUGUUCAUUCCGGAGAAAAGCCACAUGCUUGUAAAAUUUGUAAUAAAUGCUUUUCACAGGCGGCCAAUCUUGUGAAACACCAAGUCAUUCACACCAAUGAAAAACCGUUCCAAUGCAAACUAUGUCCCAAGCAGUUCACGCAGCGCGCCAAUCUUAAAAAACAUGAAAUGGUUCAUACAGGUGAAAGGCCGUAUUCAUGCCCUAUAUGCAAAAAGGCUUACGCUCAAUACGCCAAUAUGAAAAAACAUAUGCUAGUGCACGCAAAAUCAAAGCAGUCGGUUGCAUACUUAUGUGCAAAAUGCAAGGUCUUAUUCGAUACGAUAACAAUAUAUGAUGAGCAUUUGGAAAACUGCAAAAAUAAUCCGGAAAAUUACAAUUUCGAUGAAGUAUUGGAAAAGCUUAGCCAACAAUCAUCUUUAGCCGAUACAAAAGAAAUUGUCGGUCGAUCAACUGUGUCGUCGGCUGCAAAUUCGCAUCAACAAACUGCGUCAAUUAUUGUGGUGACGGCUGCAAUGACAUCGACAUCGAUGACACCUUCAAUGCAUGUCGCUGGUACAACACGUUCGACCGUUGUUGGAAAUACGGUGGCCACAAAUGUCAUUUCGAACAAUAUGACACCAAAUGUGACGGCAGCAUCAUUGGCGACCAUAUCAAACGUGACCGGUCUCGCAACCAUUUCCAUGCCAGCCAACAAUUUUAAAAUCAUAAAAUAUCCGCGUAACCAGCAAACAUUUUGAAAAUACGCCAAUCCAUUCGCAACAACAUUGACCAAUGUACAUUCAAGCACCGACAUCGGUCGAUGCAAAAAACAAAAGGCAAGAAUGAAACGAAGCACGGCGCUCGAAUGAAAAGAAUCUAAGCGCCUCAACAUGAGAGAGAGAGAGAGAGAGAGAGAGAGAAAAGAUGAAAAUUAAAGAUUGCAUUUGUGGUAUACUUUAUACGUUUAAGAAAUCAUCAUAAUCAAUACAUUCGUGUUAAUUCCACAGACACAAACAAAGAGUUGAACCAACAACAACAGCGAAUCUGAUUCAGUGCUAGAACAAGAAAUUCAAAACAAAUCCAUUUGGUCAUGUUCGAUUCGAACGAAAUUUUGAGAGAGAAAAAUUGCAAACCAACACCAUUAAAUUGAUUCGAAGCAUUUACGCAAAUUGGAAGCUAGACAAAUAAUAAUUGGUCAAGCAUUGUAAAUAAAAUGCGAUCGAAUUUGUUGGCAAAAAGAAAUCGUAACAAAAACAUAAACAAUAACUCAAUUAAAAUCCAAACCAAGUCAAGUUAAAAAAAUGAUGGCUUCGAUUGUUUGUUCGGAGCAACAACAAAAAAACGAUGAAACAAAUUUAUGUUGAUAUCGAUGACAACAAAAAACAAAAUAGCUACUGCAUGUUAUGUAGUGCUAAAAAAAAAUGAGGGGUGAUAUACAAGGUGGUGUGAAAUAGUCCGAUUCUCGAAUAGAGCAUUUCAAAGCUAGAAUCUAUUCUUUACCUCGAUGUCGAAGCAAAUCUAGCACCGCAGCAGCCUGUCACAACACCAUUCUACUGACAGUCUACUUCCAAAUGGAGUUCACUUCGGUUUGCUCCAUUCCAAUUAUUUUCUUGUGUUUCUUUUUUAUGUAAUCUUUCCCCCACCUUGUAAAUAAGAAAGAAAAUUUCUUUAAAACAAUAAGCCAUUUUAUAUGUUAGCAUUGAAAUGUGAUUCUUUUCACGAUUUCCACGAUUGAUACAUCGUCGAAAUAAACAAUAAUAAUAAUAAUAAUAUUAGUAAUCAUGAGUAAACAAGAAAAAAAAAAACUGUACGUCGUUGCUUUUAUAUUUAGAAUUAUAUGAGAGAAAAAAAAGAAUUAAAAAAGAAAUUAAAUUCAAUGUUAUUAAAUGGAUGAAAAGAUGGAGACGAAGAGAAAAACAACAACACAUAUAGACACGUAAGAGAAACAGUUUAGUAAAGAUAUUGAAUUACCAGAAGCAACAAAAUCAAGCUAAUUCAGAAGCUAAUUUUAUCAGAGAAGAGGAAAAAGAAAAUCAAAUUCAUUUAUAUAUGAAUAAUCAAUAUUGAAAAACAACCACAACCAGAUGAAAAUGAAAUAAAGGUGAUUUAUGAGACGAAAUCAA